AAGAGAAAAUGAGUCAGUGCAAAGUUAUAGUGAGUUUUCCUGAUCAACUCAUGAUGGAUCUUUGUAUACAUUUUAAAGGGUGUUUGGUUAAAACUGAUGUGUGUAAAUGAGCAGUUCAAGAGUACUGAAUUAGACAUUUCUAUAUGUUCUAUGUCAUUUUGAGCACAUGGUUUAACAGCCCAUCUAAUUAAGCACAGUAUAUUUAACAUUUUUUAGUUGGUUAAAGUUGCACUUUUGGAUGUAGAUCAUGUGUGUUUGGAAUAAUCUUCUUUAAUUAAAACCAUGAAAUUCCAUGUCAACAAAUGCCCUAGGACUGUAUAUUGCAAUGUGGUGGAGUCCUACGGGUGAAGCGUAAAAGGCCCUAAACUAGGUUUAAAUGAACAGUUUGAAAUAUAUGUUUUACAUCCUUUCAUCACAGUCUUCUCUGUGAACAUGCAGCUCUAGCUUGCCAUCUAGAGUCUGAUGCAUUUAAUGGAGGACAAAGUUACAAUCCUUGCAGCUACACUCCCUGAUUUUGUUACAUAUCACUAAAUCCCCAAAUUAUUUUGACACUCAACACAGAUGGAUAGCAAGUUGGAGCUGAAUGACAGGAUCCAGCCAGGAGCCAACUUGACUAACAAGAGAGGAACAAUAUUAGUCACAGGCACAGCACAGGACAGGUUGCACUCCUCCAUGCGUAAAAGGCUCUACAGUUUGCCACAACACAUUGGACAGAAAGCAUCUAUAAUGGGUGAAGGAGAAGACGCAGACAAGGACACCCGGAGGAAGAGUAUCAGGAUGAAGCCUCUGCCGUCGCCGACCUCUGGGGGAAGCUGCAAAGGCAUCGGGGAGACCAAAAGUGGGGAGUCUGUGAUCAUGGAGACGGACAUAGGGAGACCGAUGAAGACCAGCUCAAAUGGAGAUUGCCGGAGAUUUCGAGGCAGCCUCUCGUCCAUCACAAGUCGGCAUGUGCACGACUCGGACUCGGCGGAGGAGAGACGCCUCAUCACCGAGGGGGAUGUCACCCCGAGCGAGGAGAGCCCCCCCGGAGCCAUCGGUGAUGGGCCGCCGGAUCAAGGCGCGCAAGGGGCCACCGGUGGCGGAGGUACCCAAAAUGAUUCCCAAGACCAGCAGUCAGGGUUUAUAAAGUUGGAUGGCAUCGAUCAAAUUCUGCCGGACGACGAGAGAUUAUAUCAAGCUGGGUUCAUGCACAGACAGUUUGGGGCAAUGCUUCAGCCAGGGGUCAACAAGUUCUCCCUGAGGAUGUUUGGAAGUGAGAAAGCGGUUGAACGGGAACAAGAGCGGGUUAAAUCCGCCGGAUUUUGGAUUAUUCACCCCUACAGUGAUUUCAGAUUUUACUGGGACUUGACCAUGUUGCUGCUGAUGGUGGGCAACCUCAUCAUCAUCCCUGUGGGCAUCACAUUCUUCAAGGACGAGCACACGCCGCCCUGGAUCGUGUUCAACGUGGUCUCCGACACCUUCUUCCUCAUGGACCUGGUUCUCAACUUCAGGACGGGUAUCGUGAAGGAGGACAACACAGAGAUCAUCCUGGACCCACAACAGAUCAAGAUAAAGUAUUUACGGAGCUGGUUUGUGGUGGACUUCAUCUCCUCCAUCCCAGUGGACUACAUCUUCCUCAUCGUGGAGACGCGCAUUGACUCAGAUUUCUAUAAGACGGCACGCGCUUUGCGGAUUGUCCGUUUCACCAAGAUCCUCAGCUUGCUACGACUGCUGCGCCUCUCAAGACUCAUUCGCUACAUUCACCAAUGGGAAGAGAUCUUUCACAUGACCUAUGACCUAGCCAGCGCCAUGGUGAGGAUAGUCAACCUGAUUGGCAUGAUGCUGCUCCUGUGUCACUGGGACGGCUGCCUGCAGUUCCUGGUUCCCAUGCUGCAGGACUUCCCCGCCGAUUGCUGGGUGUCCAAAAAUAAGAUGGUGAAUGACACAUGGGGACAGCAGUACUCCUACGCACUUUUCAAAGCUAUGAGCCACAUGCUGUGUAUUGGGUAUGGCAUGUACCCCCCGGUGGGCAUGACAGACGUGUGGCUGACCAUCCUCAGCAUGAUUGUGGGCGCUACCUGCUACGCCAUGUUUGUGGGCCAUGCCACCGCGCUAAUCCAAUCCCUAGACUCGUCUCGACGGCAGUACCAGGAGAAGUACAAACAGGUGGAGCAGUACAUGUCGUUCCACAAGCUGCCAGCAGAUAUGAGGCAGAGAAUCCAUGACUACUAUGAGCACCGUUACCAGGGCAAGAUGUUUGACGAGGAAAGCAUCCUGGGAGAGCUGAACGAGCCGCUCCGAGAGGAAAUCAUCAACUUUAACUGUCGAAAACUGGUGGCCUCAAUGCCUCUGUUUGCCAACGCCGACCCCAACUUUGUCACUUCCAUGCUCACCAAGCUGAAGUUCGAGGUGUUCCAGCCUGGGGAUUACAUCAUCAGGGAGGGCACCAUUGGCAAGAAAAUGUACUUCAUACAACAUGGGGUUGUCAGUGUACUGACCAAAGGCAAUAAAGAGACCAAGCUUUCAGACGGCUCCUACUUCGGGGAGAUUUGUUUGCUGACACGAGGCAGAAGGACAGCCAGUGUCCGGGCAGACACGUAUUGUCGUCUAUACUCAUUGUCUGUGGACAACUUCAAUGAGGUGCUGGAGGAGUAUCCUAUGAUGAGAAGAGCCUUUGAGACUGUUGCUCUGGACAGACUGGACCGUAUUGGCAAGAAAAACUCCAUCCUGCAGCACAAGGUACAGCACGACCUCAGCUCUGGUGUACUCAACUACCAGGAGAAUGAGAUCAUCCAGCAGAUUGUACAGCAUGACAGGGACAUGGCCCACUGCGCCCACCUCAUGCAGAACGCCCCACCCCAGACACCUCCCUCACCUACCCCUGUCAUCUGGGCCCCACUCAUCCAGGCACCUCUCCAGGCAGCAGCUGCCACCACCUCAGUAGCCAUUGCCCUGACACACCAUCCCCACCUCCCACCAACGCUCUUCAGGCCUCCACUUUCUGUUCUGGGGUCCCUAAAGGACCCUCCUAGCCGGCUUAAGAAGUUUCACACGUUUGUCCCUCCAUCCACAACUCCUGGAUCUGCUGGGGACUCUCCCUCUAGCACACCCUCUAAACUGCGCACUGGGGUGGACAUGCCAUUGCUGGCCUCUUUUCGGGCCCAGCACAUGACGUCAGGUUCUGGGGCAACUGGUUCUAGCCAGCAGGCCUCAAGUAGCGGAGGCCAACGUGGGCCUUGUGGGACAGGGUCUGGGUUCAGUGGAGGUGGAAGUGGGGCCUCUGCCUUCCCCUUCGGACCAUACUCAUCCUCUGGUUCACCCUCAUCUAGUAUGGCCCAGCUACACCCACAACCACAGCAGCAACAGCCCUUUCGCUCCAGCACCCCACCACUGUCAAACCUCUUCCACCAAGGAUCUGCAGGUGGAAGCACAGGGUCAGGAAUAAGUGGAGGUGCAGUUGGAGCCUGUGGUGGUGCAACAGGUUGGUCUUCAAGUGGAGCAGUUGGAGGUUCUGUGGAAGGGGCCAGUGGAGGAGAGACUACCUGGGCUAGAGAGGACUUUACAACUGCAGUGACAGAAGCAACUCCUGAGGGGCACUUUGGGUUGGGAGGAGCUAUUAGUGGAUUAGUAAGAGGGAUCUCAGGGGAAUCAAUGGGAGGGAUAUCUGAAGGAUCAGUGGGUGGUGCUUGUGGCAGGUCAGCGGGUGGGGCCUCAGGUGGAUCAGUGGGGGGCAUUACCUGUGGGUCAGUGAGAGAUUCAGCCAGGAGAUCAAUGGGAGGGGUUUCAAGAGGAUCAAUCGGAAGAGCCUCCAGGGGAUCAGUGGGAGGGGCCUCUGGAGAGUUACUGGUUGCAACGACCACUGGAGGAUCAUUGGGGAGGGCUUCUGGGGGAUCAGUGGGAGGGACUUCUGGAGAAUUGUUGGUAGUGACGACCACUGGAGGAUCAUUGCACAGGGCUUCUGGUGGACCAGUGGGAGGGACUGCUGGAGAAUUACUGAUCGCAACAACCACUGGAGGAUCAUUGGGGAGGGCUUCUGGCACAUCAGUAGGAGGGACUUCUGGAGAAUUACUGAUAGCGACAACCACUGGAGGAUCAUUGGGGAGGGCUUCUGGCGAAUCAGUAGGAGGGACUUCUGGAGAAUUACUGAUCGCGACAACCACUGGAGGAUCAUUGAGGAGGGCUUCUGGCGUAUCAGUAGGAGGGACUUCUGGAGAAUUACUGAUAGCGACGACCACUGGAGGAUCAUUGGGGAGGGCUUCUGAUGAAUCAGUAGGAGGGACUUCUGGAGAAUUACUGAGAUCUUCUGGGGGAUCAGUGGGAGGGGCCUCUGGGGGACCCCUUGGAGGGGUUUCUGGUGAUUAUAUGGUAGGAAAUCCUGGAGGAUCGUUGGGAAGGGCUUCUGAAGGAUCAAUAUGUAGCCAUAUAGGAGGAAGUUUGAGUGGGCCAGGGGGAGGGAUGAUUGGAGGCCAUAGUAGCAGAGCAGCAGGGGGUGCGGUAGGGAGUCAUUUAGGGGGGUCUACAGCUUGUCCUGUAGGAGGGGCUUCUGGUGGAAUUACAGCUGGACUUAUUGGUUCCUCCCGUUGUCAGAGUCCCAUUUCUACCGGCUCGUCCAGCCCUUUGCCUGGUCAAAUUCUCCAGCCACCCUCUAAGCCUCCUCACUUGGCUCCUUUGCAGCAGUUUGCUGGAGGAGGCAGGACUAGCAGUGGCUUAAACCUCUUCCACUCCCCUCCACAAGGCUCCCCAUCCUCUAGUAGAGGACAUCAUAGCCAACAGCCUGCUGAGGACUCCCCGUCAUCCCUCAGCCAUUUUAGCCUGGCAGGCCUCCAGUCUGGCUUCCUGCCUCACCAGAUGUCCCUGGAGAGGUCUGCCCUGGCCUCUCUGGCCCAGUAUGGCUCAGCAAACGCCUCUCCCUGCCUUACCCCAGUGGCACCCAGCCCUACCAUUCAAAGCCCAGUGGCAGGCAGGACUUUCCAUUACAAUGACCCUUCCAGUGCCACAGGAUCCCACAGUUCUCUGCUCAUGCCUCAGUCUUCUCUCCCUCCACAGCUUCCCAGCCAGCCACACACAACAGGGAGAGAUUCUCCACUGGGCCGCUUUUCAGAGGACCUAAAGCUGUUAUCCAGCUCACACCCAUCUCUGCCCCAGGAAGUAGCCCAGGCAUUAGGCCACCAAACACCUCGCUCCUCUGUGGAAACUGGAUACUACCCCUCACCCUUCUCAUCACCCGCUCUCGUGCCCAAACCCUGUAGCUCAGUACCAGGGCGCAUGACUCCUCCAAUCCAGAUGUCUCCGGGGCACCCUCACCAGACUCAAUCCCCAGGGGCCUCCCCGGCCUCGCCUCUACGGAGAGGCUCUGCUGCCUACUCAUCAGAUCUAGAACCUCAAACUGUCCGCUCUAAACUCCCUUCCAAUUUGUGAGGAUUGAUCACACCCUCCUGUGCUCCUCCGAACUGAAACACACACAAACUAUAUCCAUGUGUGGCAUUAUUUUCUUUCUGUGAUCAGACUUCACUGUGUUCCGCCUCUCAUUUUACCAAGAUCUUAAAUUUACUGUGAUUUAAAAGACACUUUACCAGGUAACUCUGAGCAUAGAGAAUACUCUAUAUUUGUUUUAUGCUUUGUCCUCUUUUUUAUUCAUACAUACUGUAUAUAGAUAGAGAUAUAUUUAAAUGAUAAGUUAAUCAAGGGACUAGGAGGGUGUGAAAAACGAUCUCCAUUUAAAGGACAGUCAUUUUCUUUAUUUCUAUAACUAUGCCAAAUUCAUCUGGUGAUUUUUGGGAAGACAAUUCAAUGGACUACACAAUAAUACUCUUUUUCUGCAGGAACCUAUGCACUAAUACCUGCAUGUAUAAAGGCUUUUUGUGUGUUUCAAAAAAAGUUAUCUAAAUUUUUAGCUAAAACAAAAUGCUUCAACAGGCUGACUCUUGUACCAUCUCAUACAGGAUCACAUAUUGUUGAUCCUUAAAUGUAUCUAUUAGAUUGUACUUAUUUAUCCUCUGUGUAAACUCUUCAAAACCUGAUGAGAGAUGGAGAAGAGACUUUAGGAAACCAAAAAGACUUUUCCUGUGGGGUAAUAAUUCACCUCCUCUUGGCCCUUCUAUCCUUAUUUUGUACCACUUUAUCAUACCAAUACUGUUUUUGAAGCAGGGGGAGAGGGGUUCAGCGAGCUACCCUCCAUCUCAAUAUUGAGACAUAACAGUAUGUGAGCGACUGGCUUUCUGCAGAGUCCUCAACCAUGUCCUAACAAGCUCACUUUGUCUUCCAAGCUCAUGCCGCUAAUGUGUGUAGAAAGCAUGUGUUGUUUUUCUUCCUGACUGCGUGCAACUGUUAAUGUGUGAGUGUUAGUGAGAGUAAGUGUGUGAAUCAGUGGGACAGUCAGAUGCAAGGCAAGACUUUUCCCUGGACUGAUCAAAAGGAAGUUUGCCUUUUUUCACACAAAAACUAGGACUUCCAUUAACCCCAGCUUGUGUGUUGCAUUGUGUAGCACUUGGACCAUUCAAAAUCAAAAAUAAUCAAAUAUAUAGUUGCCCCAAAACCAGACUUUCAAUCAUUUAGCAGAUACAGUAUAUACAAUACACAAGCUGAAAGAUCCAAAAAGUGCUGGAAAUGGAAAUAUGCCACUUGAUAUUUAAUUUGUGCAUUACUUCUUCUACUGUAGCUGCUAUAUGGUCAACAUAGGCAUGUCUCCUCAUUGAUGGCCAGUGCUGAGUUUGAGAUGUUGAAUGUAUGUACAUUUUUUGUUGCUAAAAGUAAGUACUGUAGCUAUGGUAGAUGCACUGAAGGGGAGUUAAGAGACUGUUCCAUAACAGGUCAUUGGUUCAAUAUCUUUGACUGAUGUUUUCAUCAGCAGAUAUUUCUCCUGCCAAAGUGUCCUUUAGCAAGACACAGAACCACUACCCACUCAUUUGUUGUAAGGCAAUCUGGAUAUAUGACUCAGUAAGUUGUGUACAAAUGUGCACUCUUUACUGCAUAUGCUCCAUUACGUAUUGCCAUACAGCUGUGCUGCUGCUGUAUCUCGAGAGAAAUUGCUUGGGAACUUCAAAUGUUAUUAUUGAGCCCAUGAAGGUGCAGGGAAGCAAUCACUGACAAAUAUUGUGUCAGAAUGGACAUUUUAAAAUGUACCCCACACUAUUCAGUUUUGAUUGCAUUUCUGCAGGUAUUUUUGAAUUCAUAAAAUAUAUAUAUAUAAAAAAAUAUAUAUAAGUACGUACAUAUACCUGGAGCACCUCUAUGUAGGUGGCAUUUAGCUGUUUGCCAUCAAAAAUCAAAGAUGAGAAAAGGCCCUUUAUAUUUGUGUAUUCAUUCAAAAUCCGGUGACACUGUCAGAGAGCCUUACAGUUGCCAGAAAACAGAAUACACAGUAGAGCAAGGUAUCACUAAACUCCCAAAGGAGAAAAGCUGUGUUAUGCUUCUACAUGUUUGUCUGUAGCUCAUCAUCAAGACAGACCCAGGUUCCACUCAGACAGCUGAGUCCCUAACUCAGUCACAGCACUCAGCCACAGCAGCCUAAUUUAACAAGACAUGUCUGUAAUCCCUUGACCCUCACAGGCUAUCAUGCACUCACACACAGAGGUGCACAGUGACCAUGUUCUCCCCUCAUUACAGUUCCCAGAAGUCCCUAUAAUAAGGUAUAGCAAUACACAUGGCAUGACACACAGCUGCACAAAUGCACAUUUACAGACAUGCCUACAACCUCAAGAACACUCUUUGAAUGCUCUUUGAAAAACAAACAAAAAAAAUUGACAAUCCUUUUUUUCUCCACGACAUUUUAUGUUGUUAAAAAUAUCCUCAACUGAAUUUGCCGUUAGCAAAUAUAUGAGUCUCACUUUCUCAUCUUAUUCAGAUCAGCCAGGCCAUUAGCCCUCACCACUUUUAUGAUUAGGAAUUUCAUGUAUAAUGUUGUUGAUGACAUGGAUACACACACUGUAACCCUAGACAGAAAUUUUCAUCUGUUAAGUAAGCAUGUAGUCCUCUGUAAGAAUUAAGCCUCAUAAGAUAUUGGGGCAACAUAAAAUAAAAACAAUCUCUUAUAAUCCACCUGUCACCCAUCAUGUGAAAUGUAGAAAUUCAACUACUGACAUUCAAUUAAACGAGGCAGAUUGAGGGGAAAUGAAUACAGCAAAAACUCUAUGAUUAUUUGGCAUAUCAUUUCAGAAUUAGAUUAAAUAGUUGAAAUCAAUGAUUCACAUGGCCUUUUCAUGGUCUUCUUCACGGACUGAGUAGGUGCUUCUAAUGGCUAGAACAGCUUUUUUUUUUUUUAAGCUUUCACACACUGGCUGUUGUUUAACACUUUGUCCUCAUCUACAGUUCAGCUAUUUAAAGGCUCUGAAACAUUUACACGGGCUAUGUGUUUAUGUGACACGUGAAGCCUUGCUUGUAGGAAGCCUGGGUCUCUUUAGACCACCGUCCAGUGGGGCAAAGGGUGAAAGGGACAGAGCACUGAGACAGAAUGACAGAAAGUAAACACCAAGAAUGGUUUCACCUCUGGAAUACUGAUUGUCUGCACACAGUGUAGGUGUUUAAACCUUGGUCUUCCUGUACCUGCUAGUCUUGCACUGCACAAAAGCAGACUGCUGUGCCCCCCACAUCAGGAAAAAGUCCCCUUUUUCCUCACAAUGUGACCUUAUUAAGGUGUAUAGUUGGAAAACAAUUUGAAGCUGGUCUGAGACAAAGGUGUGUAUGUGAAGAGGCGUUGAUGCAAUGAGGGAAUGAUGUAGUCUGACACUCAGCCACAGGGAAGACAAGUAGACAGGCACCCCAUUAGGUACUCAUGUUGACGGGGUAGUUGUUUCUUGGGGAUUUGUAGCAUGUCACCCCUUCUUUAUGAUUGUUCCUGAGUGCUAGUGGAUGUUUGUCAGUAUUGUAUUGAUUGGAAGGAUAUGAGGGAAAGCUUUGAGUGUUGCUAUGUAGCUAGCAGCUAGUGUGUGUGUGUGUGUGUGUGACUGUGUAUCCCGCUCUGCCUGGCAGGGUCGAUGGCUGGGGCUGGGCGCUGUCUGAGGAGGGUGGGACAGGGAGGCACAGGUCAGAGCUUACAGAGAGAUAGACAUUGGACAGGGAUUGAUUAGUUGGCCUGAACUUAGUAUGGUCUAUUAUCACAGAUAAGUGGUUUAGGCUAGGGGUGGGUGGGCACACAGUGUAUCAGUUGAAUCUGUCACUGUCAGUUAGAGAGCUGCCACAAUCUGCAUGAUGUCCUGUCGGUUUCAGCUAGACCAACAUAUUUGCAAAAUCUCCUGUCUUGGACUUUUUAUGUAAGAAAAGUGCCAAUUUUUAUGAAAUUAGAAGAGAAGUUUUUGAUUGAUGACCACAUAGUGUUGAAAUUAUGUAAUGGAAAUGAAAAGGGGUUUCAUAAUCCUUUGGGUCAUGAAAUUUUCUUAACUCACAGAAGACCAUGUAAUCCUUCAUUCCGUGUAAAGACAUGAAAAUAACCAAAAUUGGAGUAACAAGAUUUUCACCUGACAGCAAUGUUUAUUCUUCAAGGGGAUUUGCUAUUUCCAUCCACCCAGACUAUUUGCUGCAGCCGCAUCUGUAGCGUAAUGUAGUAUGGAGACAGUGUUUUUUAGAGGAAUCAGCAGGGAAUUAGAUAAGGAGGCUUUGAAACUUUGUGUCUUUUGAGAAAAAGCGAAAGAAAAACAAGGGUGACUCACUCGCUCAUGCAGCAAACUAUUUUCAUUAUGUUUCCCUAUGUCACCCAUCUAAACAUGGUAAGACCACUGCAACAGAGAAAAUAGCAACCAAGGGCAGUUGAAGGAUCCCAACAGCUGCCAGCGUUCUGUCCAAACGCCCCGAGCUAGGCUGUUCUGAAAUCAGUUCAGAGGACGACAGUGGAAAAGCACCUGACAUGUCUGUGUUUUGAUCCUGUAAGGUACCACUGUUUAAUUUUAAUGCCCUGCCUGAGUUGGUUGCCCUAUUUUAUCUGAAUGUAACUAAAUCUAAUCUAGGUCUGACAGAAGUAGUUCAUAUUUUCCUCUGUUUUAGGCCAUACUUUGCUCUGGCCUUGCUGUUAGCCAUGGCUAGCUACGCAGACUGGCACCUCUGUACCAUUUCCAAUUCAUGGUUGUUUCUGUAACGCAGCAUUCCCACAAUCUGUUUGGUGCACUUCCAAUUUCGCUGCCUAAUCUUAGCCUGCCUCUCCCUUUGUGCUGCCCUGCUCGCCCAUGAAUAUGGGUUGGUGAAUCAGCGAUGCACACUAAUGAAAUCAUUUGCUGUGAUUGAGGAUUAGAUGUAGCAGCAGCGGAAUCGAACCUGCAAUUUCUCCGGGGAGAGACGGCACGUGUUUUUUUUCCGAGGCCCUCGUUAUUCAUUCAUAACUGCAAAUUCCCCCAACCCUUCCACAAACACUCAAUUUAUUUAUCAUACGCAAGCAGCAGAAUCAGGUGUUCGUAUGACAAUGUACCUCAGAGUGAUUGGAUAUGAUAUGAAGAUUGCUAUAUGUGGUAGAAGGUUCUGUUUAUCGUAGCGUCUAAUACAACUGACCUCUUUUGCUGCUGCUCCAAUGAGAUGGAAUAACACAACAGUAAUGUUGUUCUGACCACAAAGUUGGCUGUUGGGCAGUGUAACCUAGAUAUGACCCAGUUUAGAGAUACUGUGCACCAGUAGGGUGCCUGUAAGUUCACUCCAAGACUGUAUGACCUUGAGAUCCUUUAUCAUAAUGACACUGUUUGUUCAUAGUAGAGACAGCUAAAUAUAUGAAAUUUGACUUGGGUUGGUAAAUUCAAAAAUUAACCAAUUAGAAGCUAUGAUUUGGUUCUGAAAAUAUGUUGUCUGUAUGUUUCUCUGCUGGGGGCAGCUGAUCAGAAAAUCCUGUGUUGCAGCCAAAGGUGAGGCUGCUCUUCACUGGAUUAGAGUUGGGGGGGAAACAGAGAGAGAGAGAGAUGAGGGUUUACAUAAAACAUUGUGCUUCUCAUAGCCGUCUUUCGUUUGCUGAAGUAUGUACUAUAAUUCCACUUAAUCUGAUGUUUGGGAAAAUAAUUUCAACAAGGUACUUAUAAAGAUUUAUAUAUUUCCAUAGGACCUAUUUAUAUUUCUAUAUUCAUUUUAGACUCUCUUAAUAAGUGAUGUCAUCACCAUAACAGAUAAUGAUAAGCAAUGUUCACCAAACUGUGUAUGUACAGUUCAUAACAUGUCCAUGAUUUUUAAUGAAGCGCAGGAGUGGGACAUUUUCUUCACAUGAUGCUACAGACCAAGACUUUCUACUCGAAGGCUCAACCUUUUUGUUUCACAAAGGCAGAGACUGGUUCAGCACUUCUUACAAGGACACACAACCUUUUGGGGAGGACAGUAUUUUGACCGCUUUGCUAAUCAUCAAUGGAUAUCAGUCUAUUUUUUCUGCAUUUAACACGGGAACUAUGGGAAAAAGCAAUAAGGGAACUGUACAGGUAUGGUGUGACUGGAUGUGUACCUACGGGACAUUGCGCUGACCCACACAACAACCACACACAGUAGUUUGUGUGGCGGUAAAAGGAGUGAGGCAAAAACUGCAUUGUCGAUAAGCACACAUACUGGAUGAAA